AUGCAGCAGAACAGGAAUGUCUGGUAUUCUGCAAGAUCUGUUGUCCUUGGCAGGGAAGCAUUUGGCAUCGCCAAGCCGGACGAGGCGAGCGCUGCAAGCGCUGCAACCAGCCCCAGCCGAUCCGAGCAGAGUCCAGCUUCUGGCUCGGGGGCCUUUCGUGCCCGGUGUGAGGCACUGCAGGCAGACAAAGCAACCUUGCAGGCAGAAGUUGCGGAGCUACGAAAGAAGAUGAUGUUGUUGGAAGGUGAUCGUUUCGAGCCGCCAGAGCUUGAGCAGCUGCAGGUGCUCUGCAGCACGCUGGAGUCCCAAAAACGUGCUCUAGAGCAGGAGGUGCAGCGUUUGCAAGGCAGCUCGUCGGAGCUUCAAGCUCGCCUAGCAUCAUGCGCCCACGCGGAAGACAAGCUCCGCCGGCUUUUGGAGGAAAGCCCGAGCCUGGAAGAGGACCUGGCGCUUGAAAAGGCAAAGUACACCCAAAUGGCAGCAGAAGCCAAUGCAGAGCAGGCCAAAGCAGCAGAUCUGCAACGAAAGCUGUCAGAACUGGAGGAUGAGAACGCGGCGCUCUUGAAGAUGACGGGCUCUCAGCAGGCACGCAUCAUGGUUGUCAUGUAUCACGUUGGCCAGCAGAUCUUUGGAGAAGUAAACGGGAUAGCGACAAAGAAGCUGAAUGCUUUCUGCCAGCUUUUGGAGGAAAGCCCGAGCCUGGAAGAGGACCUGGCGCUUGAAAAGGCAAAGUACGCCCAAAUGGCAGCAGAAGCCAAUGCAGAGCGGGCCAAAGCAGCAGAUCUGCAACGAAAGCUGUCAGAACUGGAGGACGAGAACGCGGCGCUCUUGAAGAUGACGGGCUCUCAGCAGGUAGUUGUUCAGCCAGUUGAAAACAUUGGGGCAAAGCAGGCAAAGCUGCCGGCAGUUGAAGAAGAACGAGCCAGCCGAGCAGAAUUAGAGCGGAAGCUGUCAGAGCUUGAAGAUGAGAACACUGCCUUGCUGAAGAUGAUGGGCUGCUGUGCACCAAGUGGCAACGCUGACAGCGGCUUCUCCGCAAUACACUGGUUGGAGGCGCUGCCUUCAGACAGUCUCCAAGUGCUGCUUGCUCCAGCUGCUGGAAAACAUGCUGGCAAGUUGAGGAGCCAUGCGGACUCAGCCUCAGCCUCGGCAGCUGUGCAGCUUUUGCUUCUUCAGGACGAGCUGCGAGACAAGGCAGUCAAGAGUCCAACUCCAGCAGCUCCGAACAGAGCUGCAGGAGUGGAAAUCCAGGUAGCGGGCCAAGCUCGGGAUUCCGCUGAGUUGCUUUCUGUCGACAGUCCAGGAGUUUACGUAGUCGUGCAGACUGUGUCUGUGACGGUCGGCCAAGAAAAGUCAUCUCCCAAGUUGCAGAACCUGAACGUCGGGACAGCAAUCAACAUCCUGGAAGUCUUGCACCGGAUAGAAGAGCCAGCUGGCUGGAUCUCGAUUGUUGGCACCGAGGAUUGCAAUCGCUGGGCUGCCAGAGACCUGCAGAGGAGCAACCGCUGGGCAUCUCUGCGAAGUGAGCAAGUGAUCUCCCUGCAGAGGGAACUGGACGUUGCUGAGACUGCCCUGGCAGAGGCGAAAUCCACAGCUGCUGAAGAGGCUAAGACUAGCAAAGAGGCGCUGGAGACCUUACGGGCCACAGCAGCUGAAGAUCUGGGCCGUUGCGAGCGCGAGCUCCAUGAGAAGAGCGAGCGGUCCCGCAAGCUGGAGUCGGAGUUGCAGCAGGCGAUGCUGCAGCUGGACGGGCCCGGUGCGUAUCUGCUGGCCAGUGACGUAGAUGUCUCCGAAGCGCCAGCUCGUGGGUCCCAGAAGGUUGGCAGGCUUUCGGCUGGCGAGGAGGUCUACGUACUGGAGGUGGUGCAUCGCAAGGGGGAAAAGCGAGUUCGUGGACGGGUCGCCCGUGGCUGGAUUUCACUGCUGGAUACUUCCGAGGGUUACCGAUGGGCACAUCGGCAGCUGGCGGCUACCAAUGAGUGGAUUAGUCAGCUGCUUGAGAGGACCGCGCCCGAUCAGGCUUCCGAGACAACGGAGCUGAGAGCUGGGAGCGACACCCCCAAUCACAAGAGCCAAGAUCACUUCGAGUUGAAGAGGUUGGUUGACGAGUGCGCGAAGGACAGACUGAGGGACCUUGAGAAGCGCUUGGAGUCGCUGGAAGCAAACAUGCAGACCAUCCUGAACUCAAACUUCGAGGAUGUCAGACACGAGCAGUUGGAAGUCUCCUUGGCGCCUGAUGAUGUCAAGGAUGUCUUGCCAAGGGACCGGCAGACUAGCUCUGAGUACCGCUUCGAUGCUUGUGUGUGGGACUCCUGCGUCCUGGUGGGUUUGGGAAUCCUAUCCUGGCAAGAGUCACUGGCAGUUGCUUUCUGCGGCUUGUGGUCCAUCCUGGUUGAAGGCUUUUUCGUCCUGAUCCUUUACGACAACAUGACCGAAACAGUCUUUGAGCCAUCGCUUGCGCAAGAGAUGAAGGACUGGCGCAUUCAUUUUGGUCAGAACAUAAACUACAUAGAUGACAUUACCGGCCAGCCCUUGAUCAUGGGCGUUUGUGGCAUGUCAAACUCGUUGAUGAACGGCAACGUGCAGGCGGAGAUUUACGAAACAAUGUUCAAGUACGGCAUCCGCGAAAAUGGGAAUGAAGAUCUACGCUGGCCUUUGCUUCCGGUGGGGGCGUGGCUAGCGUUGAUCGCGCUUUUGGUCUGGAUUUUCACGGUGCUGAAGGAGAUGAGUUGCGCAUGUGGCUUUGGCAUUGCACUGGCCUCUUUGCCCCAAGGGCCAAGUGGUGAAGGACGUGUGUCAAGUGUAGGACGAUUCCGGCAAUUGUCUAUCGUCAGCACGCGCCGCGUUGUGGUGCUCAUCUUGUUCAAUACACUCCCCCGAUUGGGUAUUGCCUUGGUUCUCGGCAUAAUUGGCGUGCACUUCCUGGCGAGCACCACAUCUCUAUCAGAUUUAAUUUUGAAUGCUGUUGCUCUGGAAGUAGUUCUGUGCAUUGAUGACCUUUUCUUUGCAGUGCUCGUCCCUAGACGAGUGCAUGAGACAGUGAAAUCUUUGCAGCCAAUUCCUGUCCAAGUAUGGCGACCAUGGGUCCUGCAAGCACGGCAAGCCUUCAUUUUUGGACUGUCACUUGUUUGCUUAGUGGCUUCGCACAUAGUCUGCCUACAGCCGCUUGUGGACAACAUGCAAACAACCGCCGAUGCCAUGUGUUCAGGGAUAACGAAUUUUACGUACUUCCAAGAUGCUGCUGGGCUUGCGUACAUUCUUCACGAUGCGCGGCCACAGAAGCCUGAGAUGGGUUACGCCUACCGUGCGGUUUUGCAAGCGACCCAGCUUGAGAAGUUGGAGCCUGCCGGUCUAGGAGCGCAAGUGCUCAAUCGAGAGCUCUUCGGCUUGGCGAUGCAGCUGAAGAGUUUGGAUUUCGAAGCACGCAACGAGUUCUGGCCGUUGUGCCAAGAUUUGGACAGUCCGGUCUAUGCUGGCUUCGGCCUGGUAAGCCUUGGCACUGCCGCGAUGGAAAAGUUGAGGGAGUUGCUUCCUGAAGCUGCUUUGAGCUCUUGCCAAUCUGUUCAGUCUUUCUGCUUUGAUUCUAGCCUGCCUCUGGAGACGUUGUGGAGGUUGCGGGCCUUCUGCCCCAUCACUUGUGGUUGCAGUGAUGUCAACUCCGGCAGCUUCAUUGCCAGUCUGCCAUCAUUCGGGUGCCCUCAAGUUUGCCGACCGCUUUUUGUACAGAGCGUGGACAAGCUGAAUUGUUCGGAUGCGCAGCCGGACAGUGAGGCAUUGAUAACAUUCCUUAACGGCUUAAGCCACAGGCGAGGAUUCUUCGGCAACUUUACCCAGUCAUGUGAGGACUUUGCACAUCCUGUUGCAAUUGAUGGAACAGAAUUUGAUUUUUGCACGCAAACAGCCGAGCUUGACAAGAUGGGAUUCCAGUCGUCACAGCUGCUUUGUCCCAUCACCUGCGGUUGUUUGCACAGACCGCGGCCUGAAUGCCCAACAACCUGCAUUGCACAGACACAGUGA